UAUUUUAUUUUUACGGCACAUAGAGUUGAGGAAAGUCCCAGGGAUGAAGUUUCUAUAGAAUACCCAGAGAGGCAAUCUGCUGGUAGUAGAAACAGAGCAAGACAUAGUGAACCUUAUCAAUCUGAGAGGACAGGAACAGAUGAUGACUUUGAAAGGUACGAACGCAAAUCUAGUGCCAGCGCUCAAAGAAAUGCACCGGAGGUGUUGGAACAGAAGGUGAAAUCAUUAGAAAAAGAAACGGAACGUCUUCAACACGAAUUGCAAGCUGAAAAGACUGAAAAAGAUAACGCUUUUAAAAGAUUAGAGGAUGCAAAUCGAGAGACACGCGCCAUUAAAAAAGAGCUGAAUGAAAAACAUACUCUUGAAGAAGAUGUCAGAAGACUUCGACAAGAAAAAGACAAAAUAAGUGACGAAAGAGAUCAUAAAAGAUGUCAAUACGAGACUGAAAAAGAAGCAAAAGAUAAUGCUUUGAAGAGUUUGGAAGAUAUUAAACAAGAUAAACGUGCGCUUGAAGAAGAACUGGGAAGUUUUCAGAAGCAGACUUCAAGUGAAAAACAUGCUCUGGAAGAAGACAACAAAAGGCUUUCACGAGAGAAGGUCCAUAUAAGUCACGAAAGAGACGAUGAGAGAAAGCGGUAUAAGACGGAAAAGGAUGCAAAAGAAAAUGCCCUGGCAAGAUUAGAAGCUAUAAACCGAGACAAGUGCGCUGUUGAGGAAGAGCUUAAGAAAAUUGAAAAACAGUCCUCUAAUGAAAAGGCUGCGCUUGAAAAACAGAUAAAAAGUCUUCGACAAGAAAAUGAUAAGAUUACUCGCGAAAGAGACAUUGAUCGAAAUCAAUAUAAGGCCGAAAUGAAGACAAAAGAAUACGACCUUAAGAGAUUAGAAGAUAUGAAACGAGAGAAGUGCGCAGUUGAGGAAGAGUUAAAGAGUCUUAUAAAACAGUCUUCAGAUGACAAAACUGCCCUUGAAAAAAAUCUUCGACAAGAAAACGACAUGAUAACUCACGAAAGAGACAAUGAUAGGCGCCAAUAUGAGGCUGAAAUAAAUGCAAAAGAAAAUGCUAUAGAAAGAUUAGAAGAAGAACUAAAACAUCACAAAACACAGUCUUCUCAUGAGAAGUUUGCUCUUGAAAAAGUUAUGAAAAGGCUUCGACAAGACAAUGAUAAUAUAAGCGACGAAAGAGAAAAAGAAAGGAAACAGUAUAUGACCGAAAAAAAGGAAAACGAAAAUACACUGAAAAGGAUGCAGCAUGAGCGAGACAAAGCAAUACAACAAUGUAAAGCUGAAAAAGCGGCAAAGGAUGAUGCCCUUAGCAGAUUAAGCACAUUGGCAUCGAGUAGACUCAGAGAUAACAAUCCAAACAUCACUGAUCUUAGUGACCAGAACAGACCUACCAAAAUAGCUGAGAAAAUGGCUGAGUUGUACGACAACCAGUGGACAGAUGCAUUUGAUGCUUUGGAGCAAACAGAUAAAAAUGAGAAGGAAAUCAUAACCUUGCUUUUGGAAUCAUUGAUGACAGCGUAUGGUGAAUGUUUCAAACUAGCGAACGACAACUUUUUUGAAAAGGUCCAAAGGGUUAUAGAAUGUCCGAAAAUAGUUGAUGAACAAUUGCCCGCUAAAGUCGUCUUAUCAGACCAGUUAAAACAAGAAAUAAAGGAAUUUCGAAAAAAUCAGGCAACAAAAGUUUGGAAGGAAAUUGAAGGGAUUCUUGAUGUGAUACGUUCGAUAGAACAACCCAACAUAGGUUAG